CACGAUGGCGCAUGAGAGCGCGGGGCGAGAGAGCGGAGCAAAUGACGGAGCGUACCGGCGAUGACGGCGACGAUGGCGAGCAGGGCAUGCACGGCCUUGCCAUUCCCCAUGCUGCUGAUUCCGGCGGACGCCAUUCGCUCUUCGACCUUGAUCGCCACGAGCAAUCCGAGAGCAGGAGUGGAGCAGGAGUGUGCAGCGGAGCAACCCGAGAGAAAGAGGUGCUAGAGGAGUGA